AAGGGUCCUUGGAGCAUCAUGGCGUAUCCUUCCGCGUCUCUCUCAAACCCGAUCACUCCCUUGCGCCUCGACCCAAAUGGCUCGAGCCCGAACUUCAAGGAGUGGAGCUAUGGGGUUGAUAAGCAUCUCCUAAGCCGCAAAAUUGAGGGGAUUUGCCUCAAGGAUGUCCUCCUCAAUCGCGGCAAAGGAAAGAUGCCGAUCCUUCCCAAGAAGCUCUCGGCCACAGCCACAGGGGAAGAGUUAAAAACCCAUGAGGAAUCCAUGUCCAAGUAUGAGGAAUCUUACAGCGUGUGGGAGCAAGCCGACGCCGCUAUCAUUGGCGUCUUCGUCGGCACUACCCCUUCCGAGCUCGUCAAAACUUACCAUAACUACCCCUCCGCGCACGCCAUCUGGGAGUACCUCAACGACCGCUUCCUCAACAAAACCGCUGUGGGGGUGGCGAUCCUCAUCCCCCGCAUCCCACCACCAAUGCCCUACUUGCACGCUUCACACUGACCGCCAACAACCUCUACACACUCCAAGUACCUCCAUCUUCCACAGAAGCACACUCUACCUCCACCACAUCAUCAUGCUCCUGCCGUCAGCUCACCGAUCCAACCAUUCUUUACCA